AUGCGCCUGCAUGGGCUUCUUCCCCUGAUACUAAUAAAACUAGCCUACUCAUUUAAAGUGAUGAGAAUUGUUAUUCCGAACACGAGUGGACUGAAUGUUGUAGAUAGCAACUUCGAGCCAAAAUAUUUUACAAAAAAUAAGUUACGUUUUGUUAGUCCCUAUGUGUAUACGUAUAAGCUCUACACGAAGAAACGAUGGAUUGGGAAAAGAAUUGCAGAUGUUUUGACUUCCGAAUUUUGCGCUUACGAUUUGAGUUACAUAAAGGAAUCUAUAAGAAAAGGGUACAUAAAGGUGAAUAAGGAAAAUGUGUCUUGUGAUUACCUCCUGCAAAGCAACGACCUAAUCCAACAUAAACUUCUACUCUUCGAGAAGCCAGUCAUAUGUAACAAAAUAAUAAUUCUUUAUGAAGAUCAGAAUUUUAUUUGCGUGUACAAGUCAGCUAGUAUGCCUACCCACCCGGUUGGCUUCUACCAGUAUAACUCCCUCCUGAGAAUUCUGCAAAACUAUAUCAGCGCGAAUUUACGGAAGGGACAAUCAGAUCGGGAGGACAACUCCGCACUGACAAAUGGGAAAGAUAGCCACGCAGAUGGGAACGAAGGGGACGUCAUAAAAAUCAGCUUCAAUUAUAAGAAAGCCACGUUUAAGGACAUUCCCGGGGUGGGAUCCCCUUCCCCUCAGGAUGAACAACCCCAACAAGGGAAGGAACACAAUGGUGACAAUGAGGCAGACCUUGGGAAUAGCCAAAUUGGAGAACACACCCCUGAGGAGCGCGCAGAUAACGUGGCAGAAAACGCGAAGAAGAGAAAACAAGGAGAAACGUUUCCAGAUGAUAAUAACUGCCUAAACGAGUCAGGCAAAAAUUUUAAAAAAGUAGCCACAAAUUUAAAAGGCGACAAUACCAAUGGGGAUGAUUAUCUCACCAACCAGGGAGAUUUAACUGAGGAGAAGGGGAAAAUUAAGCUGCUAAACGAGGCCAUACAAUCAUUGGACGAAGUAGGAAGCGUGCCACCUGGUAGCAUCGCCUCCGAUAAAGAGAGGAACAGGCAGAAGGAAGAAAAGUCCAACGCAGACGAAUCGGCAAAACCACCUGUACCACCCACAUCGGAGAACGUGCAACGCAGGGUAAAACAACGCAAGUCUAUGAACAACGUAAGCAAAGACAAACAGGAAAAGGACGACUCCUACAUUUACACACUACACAGACUGGACAAGCUAACUUCAGGCAUUGUCCUAUUUGGAAAGAAUAAAAACUUUUCCACCUUCUUCUCACAGAACAUAUCAAAUAAUAGCAUAAAAAAGUCCUACAUUACAAGAGUGGAAGGAGACUUCCGUACUCUCAUUAGGAAACUCAUGGAUCAGAAAAAGGUGAUUAACGAUUUGGAGAACAAAACCUUGAACGAGUUAGUAGAAGAAUACUGUUCCGUCGGUAAGGACGAUUCGCCUCUCCCAUUUAAUGACGGAAACUCGUUUAAAAACGACAUUUUCCUGCACAGAAAUAGGUACUGUGAGGAGGGGGCCCUCAGCGGGGAGGACGACAUGGAUACCUUGUCCUCCAUCGUGCGUGAUAAGAGGAACUACCUGCUGGAUGAAUUCGAUGUGGACAAAUUCGAAUUGGGAGGUGCAGAAGGGGGAAGCGUCCGUAACGUAGACGGAAGGCGCUGUAAUAGUAGCCGCUGUGGUGGUGAGGAGGAUGACCCCCUCCGACAACACUUCGUGGUCGACUUCGGAUACAUGUACUGCGAAAAUAAAAAGCUCCUAAAGUACGUUUUUACAAAGUACACACAGAAGAACCACCAAAUCGCAGAGGAGUACUGCCUCAAACCAAGCAUCACUCGGUUUAUGUUCCUGGCGUAUAACCCCGAGUUGAAGGAGUCACUCGUUUUGUGUCAACCCAUAACCGGAAGGACUCACCAGAUAAGGGCCCACCUGAAAAGCCUUUCCUUUCCAAUAUCGAACGACGCUCAGUAUAAUGACAAUUUCGCUAAGGAGUACAUGGACAAAUCGGUGUAUUUGCAUUUUAACGAGGGGGAGCAACUGGGGGAAGGAGCCACACAUAGCCAGGACACAAAUGGAACAGACAUUGGCACAUGUGAUGAGCUAAGCUCCGCACGGCCCGCCAAGCGCAACCCAGACAAGAAAGAGAACCUCGAAAAAUACACCCACUUUCCUCUCAUCCCAUUCCUAAACACAUCCUUCCAUUGGCUCUACGACGAAAAGAUCGACUUGAAUGACACAUACAACGAAGCAGAUUUGAAUAGCUACUUUUUUAAAAAAAUUAGCAAUAUCACGUAUCACAGCUCGGGCAUAUUUCUGCACUCCUUUCGGUACACAUGGGAAAACGUGUUUGAUGUUUUUACGCUUCUUCCAAAGUGGUGUUCUUUGUUUUACCUUCCCAAGGGUCUACUCACGUUUCUGCUAUACGGCUCUCUAUCGUAG